AUGGAUUAUAUGGGUUCAACAUCCACGGCUCAAUAUACUCGUAUGGGUCGUCAGCCACAAACCAGUCGAGACUUACCAUCAAUUGGCACAUUUGACUAUCGAACAUCGUCAGCUCCACCUUAUUCUGGUUUAUUAACUCGAUCACUAUCGCUUCCAUGGCGUCCGUCAACAUUUUAUCGAUCAGCUCGCAUCGAAACAACUCAACCAUUGAACACUUCAACAGCACAACCAUUCAGCCCAUCAAAUUAUCUGAAUAAUAUUGAUAGUGUCAAAGUACCACCGAUAUUCCCAUCAGCUCGACAAGCACUUUAUACUCGUUACACGCCGAAAGAUUGGUACAAUGCUCAGCAAACAAACUACGUGGCAUCAGAUAAGAUCCGUUCGGCAGCUGAACGUUUACGUUCCGAUGCUAUACGUUUAGCACGCGAAAAAGACGAGCAAGUAUUUAAAAACAAUCUGGAAUCAUCAAAACGUCUAGGCGAACGUAUCAAUGAUAUUGAAUAUUGGAAGAAUGAAUUAGAGAAGACGAAAGAUAAAGUUAAACGUAAGAUAGAUGAUGUUGAAUCCAAACGACGUGAAGUCGAAAGACAAUUAGCUGAAACGGAAAAACCACUACGUAUAGCACAAGAGAACUUAUACGAACGUGAAAAACGACAAGGUAUUGAUCUUGUUCACGAUGGCGUUGAACGUGAACUUAUUCGAGAAAUCGAUACAAUUAAAUUAAAUCAACAAAAACUUCGACAAAUUCUUGAACGUUUGAAUACUCAAAACGCACUCAAUCGUGCUGCAUUACAUGAAUUAGAACGUGAUGCAAAUGACAAAUUCCGUGCACGUGUCAUUGAUUCUGCUGCUCAUAAUAUUAAAACUACAUCGCGUGGCAUUAACUUUUAUCAUGGUAUCGAAGGUGUUGAUAAUACCGUCUCCGUACCUGAAACAUGGAGCCGCUAUUCGGAAGAAAACAUUCGCCGCGCACUUAGCGAAUUGUCUCAAUCGGAUGAACUACUCAAUGCAAGUAAUCAACUGAUGGCGCAAAGUAAUAAUGACAUGUGGUCACAAUGGAAUCAAGUUAAUGUUUCGUUGGAAAAUCGGGUACAAGAAGAGCAAAUUGCAAAAAAUAAGAUUCAAGCUCAUCUUGAAAAGAUUCUUCAAGAAAUCUUCGAUGUCGAGCAGAAUAUCGAAUUCUUGAAGAAGACUAUUGCAGACAAAGAGGCUUUCUUACAAGUUGCUCAAACUCGUCUAGAAACACGUACCCGACGACCAAACGUUGAAGCCUGUCGUGAUCCUGCUAUGAAUAGACUAAUCCAAGAGAUUCACGAUUUACAUGCUGCUGUGACUGAUCUUCACGGCAAAUUACGCCAAGAAGAAAACGCUGUACAACACUUAUUACGUACCAAAUCAACAUUAGAACAAGACUUAGCUAUUAAAAACAAUUCAUUAUUUAUUGAUUAUGAUAAAGUUAUGGGUAUUCGUCGAACAUUUACUAUGGCUGCACCAGAAAAGAGUUCAACCACAUCUGUAACAUUUUCUCAUCCUCGUGGCUUGAUUACUGCCUGA